GGAAACUCGAGUGAUGGAAUGCAUCAUGCGUACAGCGGCAUGGCCGUCGCGCGUGGCGCCAUGGCGCUCCAGGUACAGUAAGCCGCCGGCGUCUGAAGAAUAGGUACGUACGCAGUGCGUUGGCUCUCCCAGGGGCGGUCCUCGUAGCAGGCUCUUGCAAAAAGGCCCGAGUGGCGAGCACUGACGCCUCGCUUCGUGUUUUGGGCGUGCACUGCCAUCUCGUCUCGUACAGUGCCUUACAGUACAGUACCAGAUUCCAGGCAAACGAGCUGGACUGGACUGGUGGGCAGCUGAUGUGCCACCGCUAUCGCUGUUGAGGCACCUGUGGUUGGUCGGCUGUUCUGGCUCAGUGGUCUGGUGCCGUCGUUGCCGCGCUCUCCCGUGCCGCCUGCCUCACUAUUGUCCUUAGCCUCCCGCCUGAACUCACCCAUUUUGGCGCCCCCUUUAUUCCCGUUUCCUUCCCCUCUGGUUUCAAACCUCAACUCUUACACUCGCUCACUCACCCGUCAUCAUCGAACGCCUGGUCCUUGCCGCCCUCGCCAUCGCCCUCGCCGUCUUCUCGCGAGCGCCUGGCUUCGCGCUCGUUGCCUCCGUCUUUUGCACGCACAUCUACGACGCCGACUCCGACGCCAUCGACGGCCCUUUCACGACCCGCGCCCACACGCACUCGCCGUCGCGCAUGAAUGUCAACUGACGGACUCGCGUCGCUGCGUUUGUUCCUCGUUUCCGCUCGUUACACCCCUGCCGCCGACACGCACUCGGCGUGACAACUAUCGCAAGAUGAAGCGAUCGUUCACGCCUACAGUCGCCGCGGCGCUGCUCUCCGCAGCCACGUUGACUGCCGCUCAGACGUCACCGUUUUCUAUUGACUCGGAAGAUGCGAUUCUCAAGAGCGCCAACACGAUCGCUUGGGACAUGCUCCAGUACUACAAAGGCAACCUAUCCGGACAAACGCCAGGCAUUCUUCCAGGGCCGCCUCCUGCCGGUGACUACUACUGGUGGGAGGGCGGUGCCAUGUGGGGGACCCUGAUCGACUACUGGGCUUGGACCGGCGACUCGUCGUAUAAUGAUCUCAUUAUGCAAGCCAUGCAGUUCCAAAUUGGCGAAAACAAGGCCUACAUGCCUCACAAUGUUACCGCCUCGCUCGGCAACGAUGACCAGGGAUUCUGGGGCAUGUCCGCCAUGGCGGCCGCAGAGAUGAAGUUCCCGAAUCCGCCCUCGGACAGACCUGGCUGGCUCGCCCUUGCUCAAGCCGUCUUCAACACCCAGGCUAGCCCUGACCGACACGACGAUACCUGCGGCGGUGGUCUUCGCUGGCAAAUUCCCUUCGCAAACAACGGUUAUAACUAUAAGAACAGCAUCGCCAACGGCUGCUUCUUCAACCUGGGUGCGCGCCUCUACCGAUAUACCGGAAACAAGACAUUUGAGGAUUGGGCUGUCAAGACGUGGGAUUGGAUGGAAAAGGUCAACUUCAUUGACAACCAGACCUACGCCAUCUACGAUGGCGGAAACGUUGGUAACAACUGCACGGAUGUCAACAAGGCGCAAUUCUCGUACAAUAAUGGCGUCUUCGCCUUAGGCGCGGCCUUCAUGUGGAAUGCGACCGAGGACGAUCAGUGGAAGACGAGGACUACCCGCCUCAUUGAGCACGGUCUCAAGACAUUUUUCCCCGACGGAGUUGCCGUCGAGAUUUCAUGCGAAAACGCCGGAACCUGCACGACGGACAUGCUUACGUUCAAAGGCUUCGUGCACCGAUGGUACGCUACUAUCACGCAGAUCGCGCCUUUCACCUCGAGCACCAUCCUGCCAGUCCUGAAGAAGUCGGCAGCGGCGGCUGUCAAGCAAUGCACCGGGGGCGACCUAGGACGACAGUGCGGCUUCAAGUGGGCGAGCGGCAAGUACGAUGGCAAGACGGGUGCGGGCCAGGAAAUGAGCGCCCUGGCGGCCGUGUCGUCGCAGCUCAUUGGCAAGAAGCCGGUACCGGCGCCUGUCACGUCUAAGACGGGCGGUACAUCGGAAGGUAACCCGAACGCGGGCUCGGGUGGCGACGACUUCCAGAAGGAGGAGAAGCCCAUCACAACGGCUGACCGUGCGGGCGCGGGUAUCCUGACGGCCGUGGUGCUGGGUUCGGCUUGUGGUAUGUUUGGGUGGAUGAGCAUGGGCAUCUAAAUGGUCUCACCAGCGCUCCAUGUAGAGUCUUGUUUAAUGCUUGGGUAGCGAUGGACGGCGAGACGGCGUGUUUCCCGGCGUUAAGAGGUUCAGGACUGCGGAAUAUGCUUUCCUUGAGAUUAUACGAAUACAGAUAUUGCUAUCGGAGUGAGACACCCCAGCCUCCUGUUCUCGCCGCAGCCGAAACUUCGGCGAGCGGGCACGACAGAUACGCUGAAGAGAGAGAGUUUGACUAGCUGAAAAUGCUUGGGCACGACAAGCGGAGGCUGAGCCGGCAACCGCUGGUACCGGCGGGAGGGACGCAUGUAGUGCAGUGAAGACUGUGCAGGGG